AUGGACGGCCGCUACAACCUCUGCGAAGACGUCCAAUUCGCCGGCGUCUAUCCAUAUCACGGCACCAUCCAACGCUACAAAACGCAUCCCGCAAAAUGGUGCCAUAAACUCCCCUCCAGCGUAUCCUACGCCGAAGGCGCACUUCUUGAACCACUUUCUGUCGUCAUGCACGGUAUCAAGUCCGCCGGUUUAUCUCUAGGCCGCGGUGCAGUGAUUUGCGGCGCAGGUCCUAUCGGUCUCAUUGCCCUCGCUGCAGCACGAGCGAGCGGAGCGCAUCCCCUCGUUAUCACGGAUCUUGAACCUAAGCGCCUGGCAUUCGCAAAGCAAUUUGUACCAACGGCCCUCACGUAUCAGGUCGAUCGUAAUCUAGAUGCGCAAGGCAAUGCGAAGAAGAUCAGAGAGCUAUUCGACUUCGAGAACGUGGGCGAGUAUGGUGCACCUGAGACUGUGCUAGAGUGCACCGGUGUGGAGAGUAGUGUUGUUACUGCUGCGUAUACGGCGAGGAGAGGGGGUACGGUCAUGGUGAUUGGGGUCGGGAGGGAGAUUAUGAAUAAUCUGCCGUUUAUGCAUUUGAGUCUUGCUGAGAUCGAUCUCAAAUUCAUCAAUCGCUACCGUGAUACAUGGCCCUCCGGCCUUCAAUGCCUGGCUGGUGGUAUCCUUGAUCUGAAACCACUUGUCAGCCAUACGUUCCCGUUGGAGAAGGCACUGGAUGCGCUGCACACUUGUGGCGAUUUGAGCAAUGGGAGUAUCAAGGUGCAGAUUAUCGAUGAAGUGGACGAUGUGUUGUAG